GCUCUCCCCGGCCGCAGGUGCCGCCUUUGCCGGUGCCGCCCUGACCCUUCUCAGGGCCGGCUUCGCCCGUACCCCCGGUCCUGCCCCGCAUUGCCGUGCCCGGGACCCUUCCGUGCCCGGGGCCCCUCCGGCCACGCCUGCCCGCAGCCAAGAUGGCUCCCCCGGCUUCACCUCGCCCUUUGCCGACAUGGCGGCCGGCCUCAGUGCCGGGGGGGGCCGGCCUCUCCCGCCCGGCAGCAUGAGCUGAGGGGGGACUGUGGGGGUACGGCCUGGCCCGGGGCAGCCCUGCUGUGCUUUUGGCUUUCCCCUUACUCCCCUCCACCGUGUUUUGCUCUCUGUGGGGAGCUGCAGCCUGAUUUUCUCCUCGGGCAGUGCGGGGUUGGGGAGGGGGGAGGCGGCAGCCAUAAGGAGGCCCCGGGUGGGUCCUGCCUUUGGGGCGGGGGGAGCUCCCCUGUGUUGUUCUUUCCUUUCACUGCCAAAGAAGGAGCAGUUGUUGAAAUAACGCGUGUCUGCCUGCAGGACAAGGGGGAAAGAAAGGAGAUCGGAAGAAGAGGAGCCCUUCUGCGGCCUCCAGAAGCAGCAGAGCCGGUGAGCUGGGAUUGACAAACCAUGAAGGAAGAAGGAGGGGAUCCUGAAGCAGUGACAGGCUGUUUGCUCCCGGGCUCUGUCCAAGGGGACUGCUUGUCUGUCAGUGCUGCUCCCAGUGGGAUUGUGGAAGGAAAAGAGCCAUCCCCAAGUCAUCGCUGGGAGGAGAGCAGCACGUUGGACCUGCCUUCAGUUUGUGACCUGGCGGAGCACUUUCUGCCUCCACGCAGCUCUGAAAACAGCGAGGAGCUUUUUUGUUCUGUGGAUACUUUUCCCUCUCCGCCCGCAGGAGAGAGCAAUCUACCCGCUGCAGUUCCUGGGAGCUUUUUUGCUGGAGGCUCUGAGAGAGCAAACAUGAGAUGUUCUCCAAAAGCAGGGCUGUGUGAGCCCGCUGAACCUAAUGAUGCUGCUUUCUCAUGGACGUAUGAACACGACAGUGCAGAAGACACCAGUGUCAGGAAAUCUCUUGAGGAUUUCUACAAAAUGUACUGCAGAAAACGGCCAGACAGAACGGAUCCCACCUACGAGGCUGCAUCACAAUGUCUGUCGCAGAAGAUUUCAGAGCUGGCAAACCGGGAUGGAACAAAAUAUGGGUUGCGUUGCCUGCAAAUGGCCCAGGUGGUCUUGAACAGAGAUGGGUGUAAGAUCUUUCCAAACCACCCCACUACUGCUUGUUUUACAAAGCCGGAUGAGGGAGAAGUUGUCUUGGAAGACAGAAAGAAAACACCCGGACUCUCAGAUGACGUCCUGCAGUUCCUCUUGAAACAAACACUGACAGAACGUGGCCCUGAAGCGUCACAUGAGAAGUGAGCAAGGUGCUGCUUUGUUCCUGUCAUCGGAGCUUUGCUUUCAUGCCAUAAAGAGGUGACUUUCUUGGAGAGACACUGUUCCUCUUAGCAUCACCUUCAACACCACGUAUUCCAUGGAGGGGUUGAUCUGGAGCAGACCUUGCCACCCUGGUCCCUGUGGCAGCACCGCGUAAGGAGCAUCCGUGGUCCCCGCGUAACUGCUCGGGAUGUGUUGACUGAUCAGGAUGGGUGAUGAGUGAUACAGUCUGUUGCUGGGACAUCAAACACGAUGGUUUAUACCCACCAGGCUUUUCAACUGACCUACGUCCCUACCCCAGCUGAACGGUGGCUCAGCCCAAACUCGGGCGCUGUGUGGGUGAGGAUGUCCAAGUGCUGUUGGCUGUAGCUGGCUGAUGGACUGAGCUUGGCACGGUGUGCCCAGACCUGGGGAGGGAACUUCAGAUUUUGUUCUGUGCUUGACUGAUCCUGUGCCUCCACAGGUGGCCCGUGUGUGUUUACCAACAGACAUAUGAUCCCACAGGUCACGGCUGCAGCGCAGGCGAGCUUUCUCGACAGAUAAAGUGUGUGUGUGUGCAUGAAGGGGAGAGGAAAUACAGCUUUGGAGAAAGUUGUGGGGUUGUUGUUUUUUUUUUUAACAGGAGGGAUUAAAAAAAAAAAAAAAA